UUGUCGAUCCGUUCUUUCGCCUGACGAAUCGCCUCUAGAACAAUCUGGAUUAGACAUAACAAUCUCGCCGCCAUGAACGCAAGUCUGUUGUAUGGCAUCUACUUCAAUUGAUAAUUAUAAAAUUUUUGUGAGACAUACUUAUCCCAUUAGCAAUCAAAAGGUCAAGUAUUAGAAAUUUCCUCAUCCAGGAAAUUUUUUCAAACAUUUAUAAUUCUGUCUGAGUGAAUGUCAAUAGAUGCACAUUAACUGAAGAUGUUUCCAGUAAAGAGUACUGACAGUGAGAGUACCCCUUCUGCAGAAGGAGGUGAAGUUUCUGAAAUGGAAAUAAUUGCAAAUUACAAGUCUCAAAACCUUUUUGACAGUUUGGCAAAACUGAAGGCUGUAGAAGCUGAGACAAGACGUAAACAACAAAUGUUAUGUCUUUCAAAACCAAUAUUACCUGAUGUGGAUAAAAUACCUGAGCGGGGUAAUUGUGCGGAUAUGAUGAAAAAAUUUGAUUCCUAUCAAAGUCUUAUUGAAGACUUCCUCAAAGCUGCUACCAAUGAAAUCAAAGCUAGGAGGAAUGCUGUAAAAGAAUUGGACAACAGCCGUGUUUUUUAUGAUGCUCAGUAUAAAGAUGUUAAGAAAGUUGCCAAUGCAUAUCAAAUAUAUGGAAAAAGGCUAAAGAAUGUGGAAAGAGCAUUAUCUGAAAAGAUGUCGGUACUUCCAUCUCAAAAUGAAAACAGUUCUGAAGGUUUUUCUGAAAGCAAUUCAUGUGCAUCAUCAGCUGUUGGUACUGCUUCCUUUGAUCCUGAUAAUGCAAGUGUAUCUGGAACAUCUUCAAAAGUAUCACCUGGUUCAAUCAAGAAAAGAUUAGAGCAAUCACCUAAACCAAAAUUCAGUAAAUUAGCAGAAUUAUUUGCAGAAACAAAAUCAGAUUCUGAAAAACAAAUGAGUCUUGAAUCAGCUCUUACUGGAACAUCUGAUCUGAAAAGUUUAAGAAGCCCAAAUAUACAAAAUGAGAAUAUUGCUGAUUUACAGAUAACAGCUGACCAGCAAAAUAAAGUACCAAGAAAUAUAGAUCUCAGUUCUGCAGAAAAAUCUUCUAAUCAGGGAACAAGCAUAUUGGAUUGCUUAAAUGAAAAAGAAGAAACAGAAAGCGAUAAUGAAAUAGAAUUUUUACUGGAAGAAUCUUAUGAUACGAAGAAAGCUAAAUCAAAUAUUGUUGUUAAAAGAAAGAUGGAACUUCCCCUUCAGUCCAAAGGGCGACAUAUUUGCACAGAUGUUUCUGAAGAAAGACAUUCUGACAGCAAACAACCUUCGAAUAUUUGCGUGGAAGAUGAAAAAAAAUCUUCAGAAGACAUGAUAGAAGAAGAAACAAUGAACUAAACAAUUCUAGUAACACUAGAAUUUAUUGGAACGAAAUUACCAUAUAUACCAUUUCAAAAUUAACAGUAAGUUCUAAAAAUAUGUCUGAUGUUAUUUCUAUUUUAAAGAAUGCAAAAUCUCAUGUUUAAAGAAGUUUAUCUUUAGAAAAAAUAAUUCAAAAUGCUAGUGAUAUCUUUUUGCAUUCUUCUAAAGUAAUAAAAAAAGUGCAAAGAAAUGGACUUCUUAAAUAAUAGAAAUGACGCCCAAGAUUCAUCAUCAAUUAAUAAUAAAACUUCUAGAGAAAAUAAUAGAAGAAAUGAUACAACUAUUAUCCCUGAAUUCAAUUCAGAAAGUAAUUUUUCACUGUUAACUCCAUCACCAAACUUUGAUUCUUCAUUAUUUUCUUCCAUAUCAUCUAUAUCUACUGAAUUUCUGAAAAAAAAUUUCUUGGGAAAAGUAAAAGCAUUCCAUCUCAGAAUGCUGAAGAUAAUUAUGUGACUGAUACUUCAGCAAUAAAACAUUCCAUUGAAGCUGAGAAACUUCCAGAAAGUGUAGAUUAUGAGAUUAUGAUAAAAAAUCCAACCCUGAAUUCGAAAGAUUCAGAUCAGUCAAACAUUAGUGAGCCAGAAAUUCUAUUCUUUGGUACUAAAUUAGCAAAACUAGGUGGCAAAAAAAAAAUGAGGUCACCAAUUUCAUAUAUGCAUUUAAAAAAUGGAAAGGCAGAUGGUAAGCCUAAUUUACUUCAAACCAAAAUCCUUUAGUGGGUAUCUGUACUAAAAGUCUUUUUGUUUCUGAUAGUAACAAUGCAUUGGAGGUCACACCUGUAUCUUUUGAAAACUGCCUGAAUAUGUACCUUGCACUGAGAUCUUUUUUUUUUUUAAAUACAAAAUAUACUAAUAGCUAUAGUCCCUCGAGUCUUCUCCCUUCCCCCUCCCUCAAAAUCUCUCUUCUUUUCUUCUGAAGUUUACAGUCAAGAUAAUUUAGAAGUCAUGGACAUGCAAUGUGAUUCAGAAUGAAGAAGUUGUAUAAACUUGGGAAAACUGGAAAUGAAGAACUGCACAUUUGUAAAUAGUUAUAGCAUGUGGUUAUUUCAGUUAAAUCAGACUAUGAAAUAACAUUUCAUAAAGUGGAACUUAAAAUAAAACUUCUUUUUAUUCUGAUACUUAAUACCAAAGAGAAAAAAAUGAGCUUGGAAAAUGUGUAUGCCAAUAUGUUUCACUCGUUAACUUCUUGACUCCAGAGACGCGAACUUGUUAAGAGGUCCAUAUCCCAAAUACAAAUGGAAAUGUAGCCCAAAAUUACUUUAAUUAUUGAAAUUUUAAUAAUUAAAUGAAUAAUAAAUUAAAAAUAAUAUAAUUUUUAUCAGAUUAAUUAUAUUAUUAUUUCUAUUCACAAAUUUUACUUAAUUUUUUAUUAUUGAAAAUACUGUUAAUUAACAAUUUUCUCAAAAAUAAGUUAUAUUCGGUUUUUGUACUUUUGAUUAUGAAAUGUUUUUUAUAUUGUAAUUUGUUUUAAAAGUUGAAAUCUUUUAUUUUUACUACAGUUCUCGGUAUUUUGACGAAGACAUGUGAGGCUUUAAAUUUUUAUUGCAAGGUUUGGAAUUCAGCUUUUCUAAGAAUUUUUUUAUUUUUGGAGCCAAUUUAUUCUUUAUAUUAUUUUCAGUUCUUUCAUUUAAAAUACAAUCAUAAAAUUUAAGCACGAGUUAGCUUUGAUAAAUCUUAUAUUUCAAACAUUAAGCUAACGAUGCUUGGUUGGCAGAACACUGCAACUCUUAACUAAAAAGUAGCUGGUUCGAACCUUGCCACUUUACUUUCGCCACUCUCUACAGUAUGAUUAAUCUUUUUGAGAAUUUAAAUUGCAGACAUUUUUUAAAAUUUUUUCCAUAAAACACAUUUUAAUAGCCUUUUGUUUCUAACCAACCCUAGAAAAUGUUAGAAAAUCAUACAUUGACUUAAAUUGCAUGCACUUAAGUGUUUUAUAGUAAAAGGUAUAAAUUUUCAUUUUGUUAUAUCCUAAUGAAGAAAUAUUAAAUGGUUCAGAGUAUAAAAUACCUGCAAAUAAGGUUUUAUAAUAUUCUGUGGCAUCAUCAAGUAAUGCUUUCCAUUAAUAAUUCUUUAUCUUUGCCAUUCCUUGUACUUCUUUCUGUGCUGAUUGAAAUGUCAAAACAAUUUCUAAACUGUUUUUUGACUUGUCAUAUCUUAGACUUGUAGUAGCUUAGUAGUAAUAUCUUAGACUUGUAGUAGCUUCACUUGUAAUCAUAUCUUAGACUUGUAGUAGCUUCACUUGUAAUCAUAUCUUAGACUUGUAGUAUCUUCACUUGUCAUCAUAUCUUAGACUUGUAGUAGCUUCACUUGUAGUCAUAUCUUAGAGAUAUAGCAUGCGAUCUGUUAUGUUCAACUUCUGUCAAUUAUAUUAUGUAUUUUUUUUUUGUGACAUCCCCCUAAAUUUAAGAAAAAACAGAAUUGAAAUACUGCAAGUUCUAAGAACAAGUAUUUGAUAUAUCGGAGUAUGUCUUUAAAAAUAAUUAUUGAAUGAUCUGUUGAAAAUUCUCUCCUUCCAAGAAUUUUAUUUUAUAUGAACAAUAAGUAAUGUAGCAUUUUAAAAAUAAUGUUCAAAAACUAUUUAGCAAUUAUUUUAGAAAAUAGUACUCAAUCUUAUAAAAAUAAUUUUAUCUUUUACAGUGUGUUUAUUUUUAUGUCUCAUUUUUAAAUAUAAGCCAUUCUGUGUUAAGACCAGCGGGGGAUGAAAAGAUACAUAUUGUAAAAUAAAAAAGAAAAAUAUUGUAAAUAAAAACAUCCAGAUUACUCA